AUGACCAUUUCGGCUCUUAUGGGCCAGAAGCCUCUAUCGGCGAAUGACAUAUUGAUUGCUCGUGGACUCUGCAUUGUCGCACCAACCCAAGUAAACCCGAACAUCUCCGAACCCUUCGGGACUCCUGCCCCGCCAAACGCGGAUCACAACUCCCAUGCCACAAGUCUGAUAAUUAGUGAAGCUUUCGCCAUAUUUUUCAUCACCCUAUUUACUCUGUCUCGUCUCUUCGUUCGUAAAUGGCGGACACGUUUCUGGGGUCCGGAUGACUGGGUGAUAAUCCCAGGAGCGAUCGGACAAAUCCAAGAACCGAUGUUCUAUUUCACAGUGUUUUCUGUGAAACUCAGUAUUGCUCUCGCAAAUUAG